AUGCUGCCGGAUCCUAUGCCCGUGCUGCACGAAAGCCCGCGCUUUCUGCUCUGCAAAUAUAAAGAGAACGUCGUCGUCAAGCCACUGCACGCGGAGGAGGCGGAAUACGAGAUCCUCACCACGCUCCUCGCCGGACCUGAUUGCGCUGUGCAACAAAUUGGGCGAAUCAUUCCUUUUGAUGACAACUCGACCAAGGAGGAGAAGAGACCAAUCGUACAAAGUAUCCGCAAAGUCGUCAAGAAGCUCCACUCGACGGGAACCAUUCAUGGUUCCAUUCAGCCCUCGCACCUCCUGCUUUGUUCCGACGGACAAGUGCGACCGUGUGGCUUUUCGAUCGCGACCAGCCAGUCUAUGCGGCACGCAGAUGUCGAAAAACUUGCAGGCCCUACUCGCUAUUCUUCGCCUCCUCACCACGGGCUCUAUAUUCUGAAGCCAGCUACGAAGCACGAUGAUCUCUACGCGACCGGCAUCACGAUAUGGGAAUUCUGGACUGGCCGGAUAAGCGUUCGCUGA